AUGGGGAGUGGCGCCCAGUCGAAGCUCGCAGAUGCCAGCGCGGCGGACCUGGCAGGGGCGUACGGGGAGCUCCCAAACGAGGCGAAGAUCAAGCUGCAGGAGGCCAUGCAACUCCUGCAGGGCCACCCGGAGAUUCUUGGAGACAAGGGGAUGCCGCCAUGCGCUGACGCCCCCUGCCUCGCAUGUCGUUCGACCGCCUCGGGUGAGAUCGUGAAGCUUCCCGUGACCAAGGACUCUACGUACAAGGACUUGGCCGCCGCUUUGCGGGAGAAGCUGCCGGAAGCCAAGACGAAGGUCAUCCAGUUCUUUGUCUCCACAGACACCAGCAUGGAUGAGUACAAGACCUUGGGCGACCAGGGUUUUGACGAUGCGGGCCUUGCGAAUGCUGAAUUCAGCUACACCGCGUCGGAGCUCUCCGGGGAGAAGAUCAGCCAAGAGGAGGCACAGGCACCGUGGUUGCCUUUUGUUUCAAGCUGGCCACCGGAAAUCAAGGACAUCAAGGAGCUGACAGCCUUCAAGAAUCCACCCCAGUGCAUCCGGCUGGCCAUGGAGGGCGUUGCUUGUCUCCUGGAGAAGCCCCGAAAGAGCUGGGAGGAUCUGACGAAGAUGCUGUACGAGGAGGACUUCGUGGGGAGCAUGCAGUCUUUCCUGACGAAAGAGGUGCCUCUUGAAGCGCUGGUGGAGCUCCAGUGGUACUUGAAACAUCCUGAUUUGCAGAAGGACCAGCUGGAGAAAGUAUCCCGAUGUGCCACAAUCCUGCAAUCCGUGGUGAGCACCGCGUGCACCCUGACGCUGAUCAAGAAGCAGCAGGAAGCGUCCUGA